AUGGCCCCAAAUGAAGCCCAUCAGUAUACAGGGAUUAUGCAGUUGCUUCUCCAAUUUGGAUGGACAUGGGUUGGGCUUUUAGCUGUAGACAAUGACAGUGGAGAACAUUUCUUGAAGACCAUGGAGCCAUUGCUUUCCAAGAAUGGAAUCUGUUUGGCUCUCACGGGAAGAAUUCCUAACCGAGCAGAUUGGAAUACUCUGGGAGAUUUCAAUGAUUUACUGUCAAAUAUAUAUCUACCAUUCACAGAUAGAAAAUGUAAUACAUUUAUCCUCUAUGGAGAAUCUCGGACUCUUGUAAGGUUGAUAAUUCUGAUGUUCUUAGGAGACUCUGGUUAUAAGAAUAAUACAUCACUUAGAAAAGUGUGGAUUAUUACUGCCCAGGUUGAUUUCACAUUAACAGGAGUUCAAAGGGGCUGUGAUUUCCAGUUCUUCCAUGGUGCCAUUUCCUUUUCAAUUCACUCAAAUUACCUCAAAGGGUUCCAGAAAUUUCUUCAGAUCUUAAAACCUUGUUAUACAGAAGAAAAUCAAUUUCUCAAGGAUUUCUGGGAACAAGUUUUUGAUUGUUUGUGUCCAGAUCCUAGAGCACCCGAGGAGUUCAAUGAAGCAUGUACUGGAGAGGAGAAGCUAGAGCACCUUCCAGAGCCUUUUUUUGAAAUGCACAUCACUGGCCACAGCUAUAGCAUCUACAAUGCAGUCUAUGCCAUAGGAUAUGCUUUGCAUUACAUGUACUCUUCAAGAUCCAGUCUUAGAGCAACAGGACAUGGUAAAAUAUUUGAAUUACAAGAUUUUCAGCCUUGGCAGCUCCACCCAUUCCUUCAUAGCAUUUUGUUUAAUAACUCAGCUGGAGAACUUGUGUCUUUUAAUGGUAAUAAAGAAGUGGAAUCUGGGUUUGAUAUAAUAAACUUGGUCACAUUUCCAAACAAAUCCUUCAAACGACUGAAAAUUGGAAGUUUAGAUCCUGAUUCUUUGGGCAGCAACAAAUUCAUCAUUCAUGAGGAUAUGAUUGUAUGGCAAAGAAAUUUGAACCAGAUGGUUCCCCUUUCUCUGUGCAAUGACUACUGCUAUCCAGGAUAUCAGAAGAAAAAGAGGGAAGGGGAGAAAUUUUGCUGCUAUGAUUGUGUCCCUUGCCCUGAAGGGAAGAUUUCAGACCAGAAGGGCAUGGAUGACUGUUUCAAAUGCCCAGAAGAUCAAUAUCCAAGCAAAGAACAUGAUCGAUGCAUUCCAAAGAAGAUAAGCUUCCUGUCUUAUGAAGAACCUCUAGGGAUCGGUUUAGCCUUAGUUGCGAUUACUUUUUCCCUUGUCACAGCUUUGGUCCUGGGAACUUUUAUUAAGCACAAAAAUACCCCAAUAGUCAAAGCCAACAACAGGGAUAUCACCUACACUCUCCUCGUUGCCCUUCUUCUCUGCUUCCUCUCCUCAUUACUAUUUCUAGGACAACCUAGGAAGGUGUCUUGCUUUCUUCAACAGUCUGCUUUUGGAAUUAUCUUUUCAGUGGCUAUUUCUUGUGUCUUGGGCAAAACCAUGACUGUGUUUUUAGCUUUCAUGGUCACCAAACCAGGGUCCUGUACACGAAAGUGGUUGGGGAAAAGGUUGGCCAACUCCAUUGUCCUUUUCUGUUCCAUUAUUCAAGUAGGAAUUUGUACAAUAUGGCUAGGAACUUCUCCCCCAUUCCCAAAUUUUGAUAAGCAGUCUAUGGCUGAAGAAAUCAUAGCAGAAUGCAACGAAGGGUCUGUUGUUUUGUUUUAUAUUGUUCUGGGCUAUAUGGGACUUUUGUCCAUCAUAAGCUUGACUGUGGCUUUCUUUGCACGGAAGUUACCAGAUAGUUUUAAUGAAGCCAAGUUCAUCACCUUCAGCAUGUUGAUCUUUUGCAGUGUUUGGUUGACUUUUGUUCCAACCUACCUGAGCACCAAAGGAAAAUACAUGGUAGCCAUGGAGAUCUUCUCCAUCUUAGCCUCCAGUACUGGGUUACUGGUUUGUAUCUUUUCCCCAAAAUGCUACCUUAUUCUAUUGAGGCCUGAGCUGAACAAGAGGGAACAGUUAAUCAGUUGGACACAUUCAAGAAUCUCAGGGCCAAGCUACAAGUGA